UAUUCAUCAGUAAAAAACAGACAAAACCCCUCACAAAUGUUCCUGAAGAAUCCGGGUUUAUUCAUCGGUAAAAACAGACAAAACCCCUCACAAAUAUUCCUGCAGAAUCCCAAGUACAGGGUCCCCCCCUUGUUUUCCCCACCUCACACAAUGCAAUCCCAUCUCUAUGCACUGGAUAGUAACUAAGCCAUGUUCAUGUGAGUAUCUUAGUAUUUACACGUUUUUCUUGUAUUGGCCAGAUUAUUGUUCGGGUUUUAUAAGGCUGAAAACAAAAAGUUCAGACCCGAACAGGCCUUACAAAAACCGAACUGUUUGGAUCAAAACCCUAAAGGAAUCACAACUACUCGUGAGUAGGGUUGCCACCUGGUCGGUAUUUUACUGAUGCUUGAGCCCAAUGUUAUUAAUAGGGAAAUAAAGAUAAAAAUAUAGGAAGGCCGGUAUUUUUUUCCAGAAAAGGUGGCAACCCUACAAUUGAAGUUGCUGUGAAUGAACUCUUUUCUCUUCCCUCACAGCUACAUAAUUUGUCCUCAGCCCCUAACUCCAUCAGUCCCUCACUGCUGGCCGUCCAUCCAAUGACUUUCCUCUACAGCUCUCUGCCCCACCUCAUCCUGUUUAAUAGCCAAUUACUGAGUUAAAGGAAACACACGCCUCCUCUUCCACACAGCAAAUAGGGCUGGGGAGUGGGAGCAGGUCAAUAAGGGAUGCCGCUUCAUUGCCACUAUUUGUUUGCAGGGGGGUACUCUGGUUACUACUGGCUGUCUCUAUCCCGCCUCCUCCCCUUUAGCCAAUGACAGAGUGUAUUGCGACUUCUCUUGUAUAUCUAAAGGCUGCUUGCCUUCUCCCCUAAGAAGCAGAGGCAGUACAGUAAAGGGACAGAGGCUGCACUGACAUAAUCAAGUUUGGUUGGCAGGGCACCCCGGGUGUUAUUGGCUCUCUCUGUCUUGCCCUGUCCCCAUUUAGCCAAUGAAUAGGCCCCUCCUGCUCAGCUACAGACAGGACAGCACUUCUCACCUGGGAAACAGGACUGGGGAGCAGGAGCAGGACUGUAUAUAGGGAAUGACUGAGAAGCAGAAUGAGACCGUCUGGUGGAUCAAGAAUGAAAAUGAGGAGCGGGGGAAGAAGGAGAGAAUGGUGACUCUGACACUGGAGAUGAUCUAUCUGCUGACUGGAGAGGUUGCCAUAAGGACAGAUCAUGUUUCCAUCUAUUUUUCCUUGGACGAGUGGGACUAUAUAAAAAGAAACAAGGACCUUUACGAGGAAGGGAUAAAGGAGAAGAAGCCCCAGGAGGUCCACCCACUGGAUUAUGUAAGUGAAGAUAUCCACAAUAUUAAAGGUAAUCUGGAGGUCAUAUUAUAUUGUGAAAAUGACCCAAACAAGAUUGUGGCUGCAGAUUCUUGCGAAGAUGAACAUUUCCCCAAAACCGAAUCUUCUCCAGAGGAACAGCCCCCGCCAGCGAAUGGGAUUAAAGAGGAAAUGACUUUGUGGGAAGGGAGAAACCAAUCAGAUUGCAGCAUUAAUCCAUUUAUAGAACAGAUACAGGAAACAGAUACACCUACUCCUAUCAUGGGAUGCAGCCUGAAGAACAAAUUGGCAGAUAAAUAUGUAUCAAAUGGAAUUAAAAAGGAAACAGCUUCAUGUAGAGGGGGAAACCAUUCAGAUGUCAGCAGCAAUUCUCUAACUGAAGAGAUACAGGAAGCAAAUAAACUUGCACCUGUCACAGGGUACAGUCUAAAUAGCAGUUUGACAACUAAUUAUAUCUCAGAUGCUAUUCUGAACAUAUCUGCUCCAUAUGAAGUGGAAAACAUUUCAGAUUACAGCAUUGAUCCACUUACAGAACAGAUACAGGGAACAGAUACACCUACUCCUAUCAUGGGAUGCAGUCUGAAGAACAGCUCAUGGGCUAAUGACAUAAUCACAACGACUAUUAAAGAGGAAACUGUUUCUUGGGAAAGAGCACAUUCUUCAUAUUACAGUACAAAUCCAUGUACAGAACAGAUACAGGGAACAGAUACACCUACUCCUAUCAUGGGAUGCAGCCUGGAUAACAGCUUGGCAGAUAAUGAUGCAUCAUGUAGUGUUAAAGGGGAAUCUCUAUCAUGGAGAGGAGGAAACCAUUCGGUUUAUACGAUGAAUCCGCUUUCAGACCAGAAACAGGGAACAGAUACACUCCCUCCCGUCAUGGGAUACAUCUUAAAUAACGGUUUGACAAAGAAUAAGGGCAGUGAUUAUGGGAGAAGCAUUAGUAAUAAAGCUUUACUUAAACCCCAAUUUAGAACCAGGUUCUUACCGGGAAUGCACAACUGCACCGAGUGCCAUAGGAUAUUUCACAGUGAAAGCACGCUCGGUAGGCAUCAGAGAAAGGUUCACAAAAUAGAGAAACCAUUUGCUUGCUCGGAAUGCGGGAAACGCUUUAAACUUUGCUCGAAGCUUGCCACGCACCAGAGGUAUCACACAGGAGAGAAACCAUUCUCUUGCUCCGAGUGCGGCAAAUGUUUUACUCACCGCUCAGACCUUAAUCGCCACCGCAAAACGCACAACGGAGAUAAACCUUUUCCUUGUCCUGAAUGUGGUAAAUGCUUUGCACAGCGCUCCGACCUUACCAGACAUCACAGAAUUCACAACGGAGAGAAACCGUUCUCUUGUCCCGAGUGCGGGAAAUGCUUUUCGCAACGGUCCCUACUUAAUAAACAUCUGGUGUCUCACGGGACUGAAGCUUUUCCUUCUGAAUUCGGGAAAUAUUUUAACCGUUGCUCAGACUUUAGGAAGCAGCAGAAAGCUGAUACAGUAGAGAAACAAUUUUCCUGUUCGGAAUGUGAUAAAAUUUUUAAGCAUUACUCCGACCUUAAAAAGCAUCAGCGAGUUCACACAGGGGAGAAACCAUUCACCUGCAAUGAAUGCGGUAAAUGUUUUACCCAGAGAGCCAACCUUAAUAAACACAACAGAAUUCACACUGGGGAGAAGCCAUUUUCCUGCGCUGAAUGCGGGAAAUCGUUUAUCCAGAGGGUGCAGCUUAUCCAGCAUCACAGGAGUCACAAUGGAGCCAGGCCGUUUUCUUGCUCUGAUUGCCGGAGAUCUUUCAAGCACUACGCCGACCUUUUUUGUGCUGAAUGCGGAAAAGGUUUUACACAAAGUGCCCAACUUUAUAGACAUCAGAAAAAACACAUUCAUCUGCCGAGCCGCGCGAUCGAAAAUCCAUUCUCUUCUUCUGCUGGAGAAGGUCGUGCUUCACUCCUUAAAGGAGACAUAAAGUGUAACUGAAAACCCAUCCUAAUAUUGAAGGCAGUAUUGACUAAUAUAUGGUGCUGGUUUCACUUUGGGCUAAAAGGUAAAAUUAUCGUUAAAAAUGGCCUUUUUAUUUGAGCUCCUUAUAUGUCCUUGUUUCAAAUGAGGGGUGGGCGUGUCCUAAUGGUCCCUGCCAGAAGCACAGUAGGAGGGGACAGCCAAUCACAGCCCUGCAGUCACACAAGCACAGACAGG